AUGGAAGGACUCAACAGGAGCAGUACGAGUAGAUUGCCCACAGCAAUACCACGAUCCAACUUACUUUCUUCGAUUGGCGGUCCAUCUUCUGCAACCCCUUCGUCUUUGAGAUCAAGUACCAGUCGUUUAGGAAAGAGGCCAGCAGGAGAAGCUGGAUUGGAAGAUCCAUCAUCUUCAGCUAGACAGAUCUCAUCGAUGAACACCCGACUAUCCUUCCUCGAACAUGAUAAUCAUUCUCUCCAGGUGAAAGCGAAAUUAUCAGCCGAUAAGAUCGAAGAGCAACGAGUUGAGAUUGAACAGUUGAAAGCUGAGAGAAGGGCGUUAUACGAUGGUGAGAAGAAGGAAAGACAAGUUGGCGAAGAGAGAGAGAAGGAUUUUUACGAUGAGAGGAAACGCUAUACAACUGAGAUAUCCCAACUUCGCACUCAAAAUUCCACUCUAUCCAAUUCCUACGAAUCUCUAAAAUCAGAACAUAACAUCCUCCUAGGGAAGAACUCCUCUUUCAUUCAAAAUGCAAAUAACGAGAUUCACCUUCUCAAUUCGCGAAUUGACGAAUUGACCAAACAGCGAGAAGAGCUUAAAGGGUGGGAGAGGAGAGCUAAAGGAUUGAGUAUAGAGUUGGAAGAGGAGAGAAGGAGGAAUGAAGAGAAUAAAGAGAGGGGGGUGUUGGAAAAGGAAGAUAGGAGAGUUGAUGAGACGUUGCAGAAGGAAGUUAAGCGUCAAUCCCUCAGUCUAGCCACGAUAUAUCGUGAGAACGAAUCACUCAAAUCUGAAGUAGUGGAAUUACGUCAAAAGAAGAAAGAAUCAGAUUCCAACGAGAGAGCAAUGAAAGACGUGGAGAGGAGAUUGAGAGAUGAAAUUAGGACAUUGCAGGAACAGUUGGAAAGAUCUAGAAGAGAUAUGGAUUCCUUAACUCAAUCGUAUCCCUCAGGUUCAUCACCCGAGAAAACAUCCGACGAAACGUUACGUACCCGCUUAUCGACGCUCUCCACGCUGCAUAACCAAACUACCGAAGAGUUAGCUAAGAAGGAUUCUCAGAUACGAGAAUUGCACGAGAGGUUGACGAACCUCGCUCAGAGUUCUAGAUCUUCUAUAGCUGAAUUGACGAAACGCUCCGAAGAGGCUGAGAGGGAACUGAGGUGGGCUAAGGAAGGGAGGGCAUUUGCGGAAAGGAGAGAGGAGGUGGCUAAGAAGGAGGUAGAGAGGAUACGGAGCUCGAACUCUUCUUUCCCAAUGCCAGGCGGUGUCAUACCCGACCAAUCAGCCAAGGUGUCCGAGCUGGAAAGUCUUGUUGAGUUGUAUCGAUCCGAAUUGGACAAGAUAUCGAGGGAUUCCAGAGAAACCGAAGAGCGAAUAGCGAGUGGAAUGGGCUUGGUGAAGAGUCAGCAUUUGGAUGAAGCGAGGGAUAAAAUUGGGCAACUAGAACAGGAUAUCCAAUCGCUGGAAUCGACUAUUUCCGAGCUCACAUCCGCCAACACCCGUCUAGAUGGAGAAGUAAACGAUCUCAUGCGUCGUGUUGCUUCUGGGGAAUAUAACCCUUCGACAGAAAGAUGUUUGGAAUUGAAAAAUAACCCUGCGAAUAAGAUUAUGGCUGUCAGACAGCAGAUGUUGGUGGAUCUCAAGAAUGAGAAUGAUGAGUUGUUAGAGCAAAUAAAACAAUUGGACGAACUUGUUAAUCAGAAUGGUACUCUAGAGGGUAAAGAAGGAGUGAACAGGGAAGGGAUGGUACCGAGGAGUAGCUUUGAUAGGUUGAAGAAAGAGAAGGAGGAUUUGGAGAGGAACCAUGAGAAGAGGUUAAUGAGGUUGAAAGAGAUAUUCACAUCCAAAUCUAAAGAAUUCCUCGAAGCAGUCUACUCCCUCUUAGGUUGGCGAAUCAAAUUCGACGAAUCCGGAUCGGAUAUCCGUCUAACAUCGAUGUACGCGCCGAAAGGUAAAUCGGGAUUGACAUUGAAAUUCGCUUCUCAAGAAGGUCAUUUCGGUACGAUGCAAAUGACCGGUAUGAUGGCCAGGGGAUUGGAAGAAUCGAGGCAUUUUUGGAUUGUCGAGAGACAGAGUGUACCGGGGUUCUUGGCUCAGGUUACUACGGAGAUGUUCGAGAAAACUACUAUUGGUAGAGCUGCUGGAUAUGUAGGAUUAGAAUAG